AACAAAUCGUCCGCUCACGCGCUUCGAACAGCUGCGAAAUGAUUCACGAUAUUCUCUUCACGCUGUUCUCCUCGAACGCGGAGCUCCCGAUCGAAAACUUUACGAUUCCGGAGGUAGCCUCAACGUUCUUGCAUCCGGGCGAGGUGAAGAUUCUGGAGGACUUGAUUCGGAUCGCGAACCAGUAUAAGGAGAUUAAAAAGUUUGUGCAACAGUACGGCACGGUGACCGCCGGAUUGUUCAAACCGAAGCAGCAAAAACCAACGGAAGAGCCACUGCCACAAGGACUAUACUUGCAGGCGUUUGUCGAUGGACUCGAACUGGUCGUGAAACCGUACCGCGAUCUGGUGGUUGAACUGGAGGCGAAAUAUCUGAAGCGACCACAUCUUUCGCUGAUGUUUAUCUUCCACCAAGUAAGCCAGUAUCGACCACUGUUCAGUUUUCUGCUGCAGCUCAUCAGUGGCGUUGUGACGCAACGCAUCCACGGUUGCGCCUUGCUUCCCUACCUUCAGCAGCACUGUUUGCACGGAAACGAUGCCAACUAUCAGGCGGUCAAAACCAUACAAAAAUCGAUGUACGCCAUCUUUCUGAAACAACUCUACGGUUGGUUGCUGCACGGCAAGUUCGUCGAUCAGUACGCCGAGUUUUUCAUCCAACAGGUAGAAAGUGAUCCCAAAGGAACGAUCGGCUCCCAAAGCAUCAACUCGGAACUCUGGCGCUACGAAAUCCGGCACGAGAUGCUGCCGUACUACUUUCCCGCCAGUUGGGCCGAAAAGGUGUUGUUCGUUGGCCAGACGGUGCUGAUGUUUAACUUUGAUCCGCGCCAGCAGCACGUGGGCGGCGGUGCGGGCAGAAAUCGUGGCAAACAGGGUGCCCGUUUAGUGGCCACCAAAGACAGUCUGUGGGGAACGCAGGAACACGAACUGUUCCGCAAGUUCCACCAGCUGCAGUGCGAAGAGAAUCUCAGUGUGACCAAGUUCGAGCAUCUGGUGGACGAAAUCAAGGAGCAGGUAACGAAACACUUGUCGGUGAUCGUAAUUGAGGAGGCCGAUCUCGUUCGCCAGCUACGCCUCAUGAAGGACUUCUUUCUGCUUGGCCGGGGUGAGCUGUUUUAUGAGUUUCUCGAACAAACGCAAUCCCUCAGGCUGCUAAUCGGGCGCGAGAUCACGGAUGGUACAACGCGCGACCUGAACCGAGCGUUACAGCUCGCAGCCACGAGUCUUAACGUUGGCGAAGACAUCGAACAGUUUUCGUUCGAGCUGCCGGGAAACGAGGAACUGGAAAGCUUCUGCUACGAAAGCAAGAGUGCGAUCGGCCACAUCGUUCUGAAGUACAAGGUCCAGUGGCCCCUACAUCUACUAUUUUCACCCAAAGUACUCGAUCGAUAUAACGAAAUGUUUCGGUUUCUGUUGCGCAUCAAAAAGCUACAGCACGAUCUGGGGCAGCUUUGGUCAUAUCAACGCGAGAAGCGCAUCAAACACAACCAGGACGUGGUACAGCUUCGGAACAAGCUCAUGUUUCUCGUCAACAACCUACAGUACUAUCUCCAGGUGGACGUGCUCGAAAGUCAGUUUGCGCUGCUUAUGGCAACCGUCACGAAUCCGGCGAAGCCGGCAGACUUUGAGCGUAUUCAACGGGCGCACACCAUCUUCCAGGCAAACGUGCUCAGUUUGUGCUUUCUGCUGAAUGGCGCCACUGCCGGUGAACCGUCUACACUCGGCAUGACCACGGUGGCUGGCGUUAUACAAUUGCAAGAAAACCCAGUGCUUACUCUCCUCGACAGCAUCCUGUCAAUCGUCGAUCGGUUCUGCUCGUUCUGUCUGGGCUGCAAGGAUCCGAUGACAAAAAUCGAACGCCAAGAGUUCAUUACCUACGAACAAGGGUUUAUGAGCCACGUCGAUUCGUUGCUGAAACUGCUGAUUGGUUUAAAGGCCGGCCCCAGCAGUGCUCCUUUGUCUCAGUUGCUGCUGCGAUUGGAUUUCAACCAUUGGUUCAGUUUGCAGACUAACGAAUAAACAAGCUAAUCAUAGCAACCGUCGUGUGAAGAUUGACACGAAAAUUUACCUGUUUCAAUAACUCAAAAUGGCAUCUUGGAGUCUGCCCAAAAUAAAACCGUC